UAUAGGUGUACUAAUUCUUUAAUGAAUAUUAGUUUGAUUAUUUUUCUCUUUGCAUGCUAUUUUUAUGAUAAAAUCUAUUUUGUCCAUGAGCUCUCACAUUAAAAGUUAGAAUGAUUAAUAUCGUUGACACUUUAUACAAAAAAAACAAUAUUGUUGAUACCUUUACUGAAUUAUUAUAUUUAUUUAUUAUUUAAUUGAUCAUUAAUUAACAAAUCAGUUAUAAUAAAAAUAGUCAAAAAAGAGAGGAAAUAUGUAGCAUACUAAUGUUUUGUUUGAUGUUACCUAAUAAUGUCUGAUAUCAUCUGAUGAUGAUCAUCACCUAAUUUUCUUUUAUAAAGAAAUAAAUUAAAAAGUUAAGUCUGUAUAUAUUUAUCGACUAAACAAAAGAAAUAUUAUUAUUAUCUCAGUUAACUUCUCUUUUAAAAUUUUAAAGUUAUUAUCAACCUUUAAGUUUAUUUAAAAAACUUGUUUACUUUAUUUCUAUUUUAGUUUUGUAUUUAUGAUUUUUUGUAGUUUCAUACAUAUUGGUGGUUUAAAGAAAUAAUAUACAGAAGUAAUGAUGGUUUAAAAGACGAAGGUUUACUUUUUAAUUUUGUUUUGUUACAUGUUUGAUAUGUGAUGGUUCUCAUAGUUUCGUAGAUUUCAUUAAUGUUAAGAGAAUGAAAAUGAAAUGGAAAAAAAAAAGAAAAAAAGUUGGAGAAAAUAAAAAUGAUUAAGAAAAUAAAAACAACUAAAUUGUGUUAUUUUUACCAAAAAAAAAAACUAAAUUGUGAUAAUGAUCUUUGUAUUUAUAAUGUAAGUAUCCAUAAAUUAUUAUGCUCGCUUGUGAAACACCUAAUUUGUCAUGUGAAACACCUAAUUUGUAAAUAAUUGCAUGCCCAAGGUAAUUAAGCACGUUUAAUUCCUGAAAUAUUAAGAUGGUAGCCGUAGGUAGGACAAAUAAUCACAUAAGCGCACUACUUAAUCCACAUUGUUUUUUACUUUCUCUACUAUGCUUAUUUCCUUAUUCAAGUCCCAAAAAACUCCAUUGCUAAAACAUGAAAGCUAUAGCUCCUUCCCAUCUAAAACUGAUGUUCGGUUCUAGCCAGCCGACGUCACGAUCCUAUUCAUGUGUACAAAAUGCUCAGAGAUCUGACUCGUGCGGAACUAGUCGCUCUGAAUGGCGGAGCACAUUUGCUACUCUAACAAGCAAGGUUGUUACCCAAAAAACCUUACCAAUGCCUCCAGUUUCUGUCGGAAUCGAUCAUGUGAACGGUCAUAACCGCGCUGCACGUGUCCUGGGAAUGAAUCAGAAGCCUCUCAGUGUCAAUGAUCUCCCCCCGGCACCCAUGCACGGAGGAGCUAAUCUACGUGUUGCGUAUCAAGGCGUUCCAGGCGCUUACUCUGAGGCAGCCGCAUGUAAGGCUUACCCUAACUACGAGUCUGUCCCUUGCGACCAGUUUGAAGUUGCGUUUCAAGCGGUAGAGCUCUGGAUCGCCGACCGUGCUGUUCUACCAAUCGAGAACUCUCUCGGAGGUUCUAUCCACCGAAACUAUGAUCUUCUCCUCCGUCAUUGUCUCCACAUCGUCGGCGAAGUCCAGCUCCCCGUUCACCACUGCCUCUUAGCUCUUCCCGGAGUACGCAAAGAGUUCCUCACGUGCGUGAUGUCGCACCCUCAAGGCCUCGCCCAGUGCGAGCGCACGCUCACAAAGCUCGGUCUCAACGUCACCCGCAAGGCCGUCGACAACACCGCGGUGGCCGCCGAGCACAUCGCCGCCAACAAUAAACGUGACACGGCGGCGAUAGCGAGCGCACGCGCCGCCGAGAUUUACGGGCUGGAGAUUUUGGAAGACGGUUUACAAGACGACGCGAGUAACGUGACGCGCUUCGUGAUGCUGGCGCGUGAGCCUAUCGUACCGAGAACUGAUCGUCCGUUUAAAACGAGCAUCGUCUUCGCUCACGAGAAAGGCACUAGCGUGCUUUACAAGGUGCUCUCAGCUUUCGCGGCAAGGGACAUCAGCUUGACGAAGAUCGAGUCCAGGCCGAAUCACAACCGUCCGAUCAGGCUCGUCGACGAGGCCAACGUAGGGACGGCGAAGCAUUUCGAGUACAUGUUCUAUAUCGACUUUGAGGCGUCGAUGGCGGAGACGCGUGUUCAGAACGCGCUCUCGGAGGUUCGGGAGUUAACGUCGUUCUUGCGGGUGCUGGGGAGUUAUCCCAUGGAUAUGACUCCUUGGUCACCAUCAUCCUCAACAUCCCACACGGCUUCAUCUAAAAUGAACCAUUCAUAUGGAAACGUAAACAUGGCGAAACCAUAAUAUAUAUAGUAUGUUACAAUCUUGCAUUUCCAAAAAAAAAAAAUAAUUGCUGGAUAAUAAAUCAUUAAUGAACUAUAAACAAGACCUCCAGUUUUUCAUUUUCUCUUCGUGUGAUAAGCAGUGCCGUGCUGAAGCUUGUCGGCAAGAGACUCCACCGAGUCUCUUGCAAGUUCAACAUAUUAAUAUAAUUAAAUUUUCUU